AUGUCGCUCACACCAUCGAUGAUUGGCCUUGACUCCAUCUCCACAUCCAGAUCUGACAACUCGACAGCCAGUCACGGCAGCGUCAGGUCAGAGCUUCACGCUGGAUUGGACACUGCCGCGCUUCUUAAGGCACUGCACGAUGCGCAUAGCCAGCACGAUGCACAUAGCCAGCUCAAUGCUGUGAAGGCUGAGAACCAACAGCUAAAACAAGAACUUGCCGCUUCCUGUUGUCAAAACAAUGGCUCCAAAGCUCCGUCGCAAGAACUUGCUGCACACGACGAAGAAAUCAGUAAACUAGGGAAAGUUUUUGCUCAUUUUUACUUGUUCUGGAUUCAGCAGAGCACACCUUCCCCAUUCGAUAUUUCUCGCCCUGACUUCACGUGGGAUAGCAAGGACCGGUACCUCGAUUCAACAACAAGAUUAGCCAGCCAAACUGCAGAGCUCUACAUGUGUGUUCCUCCUCAAUACCAUGACUACAUGGUGAAGCAUGAGAAUUUCCGAAGUAUUUUCCGAGCGAGCGUCUCAUCAGGCCGCUUGAACACACUUCUGCGCACGCGUGGGAGCGCAGGGGCAAUUUUUGGCCUUGACCAAAGCCUCUUCAACCACAAUCCCAAGUGUGACGAGAAGCGCAUGGAAGCUAAUCCUGAACUUGCGACACUUCUUGGCUUCAACCCCUGUGGGAAAACACCUACAGCACGCUACCCCUCAAAUGCACCAGUUCUCUAUACUAAUGGCAAUAUUCAUGAUGAAGAGGGCAUGUUCAGAAGUGAUUACUUGAUCUCCAUUCGUUUUCUUCUCAGAGGUGAUCUUGAGCUGAACAAGCAUGGUGUUGGAAAACUUACAGGAAUCAACUACGCGAGCGAGGCAGAAGCUUACAAAAAGCUUUUAAUCGAAAAUCAGGAUGCGCCAACCGUUCGAAAGCUCCUGCAAUACUGGAACAUGCAAGUUUUUCCACAAUUCCUCCUCGCUCCCGACUCACAGGACGAAGAAGAAGAAGCACCACGUGUCCGGGUUGACGCUGAUGAAAACCCAGGUCUCGAUUCCAUGUUCCGUGGACUGCGUAUGGGAGCCGACACUUCUUCAGCUCCCACUUCGAAAAAUUCUAGCUCACUCCCACUCCCCCAGACCCUUCCAACCGAUGUAGAGUGCGUGAACGCCCACUCAGAUGUGGAACAGGCGCCGGAUUUGCAUCCAAACGUGGAAGUGCACACCCCUGCUCCUGUUGCGCCCAUCUCCCAAUCAAUCAAUCCACCCCGUGGACGUCAUCGAGUCCCCACGCCUGUUCCCUCAACCUCCGAGGCUGUUGCUGAUGUGCCUGCGCCACCCACUGAAGCUCCCUGUGGUCGACGCCCAAAACAGGUUUCGGUUGUUCACGUUGAUGCUGAUUCAGGUGCCGGAAUACCUGCGGCGCUCGCUCAUCCAAGUCGGCAGAUGCGUGGUGCAAAAUUGAAGGCAAAUGCGAAAUAG